AUGCGACUGCAAUUUAACAAGGUUUUCACUCGAGCAUCAACCAAAUAUUGGAGAAAAAUGAGUGCAAAUACCGCGUCAGCAGUUCAAUACAUAUCUCUAGCUCCUGAAGAAUUCCUCGCGUAUCGAUACUCUCCGGGAAAACUUCCAGGGGUAAUAUUUUUGCCCGGGUUGAUGUCAAACAUGGAGGGCACAAAAGCAACGGCUCUUGAGCGAUUUUGCAAAGAAAUUGGACAUUCGUACGUGAGAUUCGAUUACAGGGGGCACGGCAAAUCCAGUGGGAAAAGUCAAGAAUGUACGAUUGGCAUGAGGAAAGAGGAUGUGCUGUCAAUCCUUGAUAAUGUGGCGAAAGGUAUGGGACGUAAUCAAACGUUUUAGACACUGUUUUAAAGGCUCGUGUCAAACCAGAUCGUAGACUUGCCACAAAUCGAACGGGCUCAAUUAAAUCGUGGUGUGCGGCAAACGCAGACUGCAGACUUGCAGACUGGCAGGUAAACGAGGUAAGCAUUGUCGUGAAAUGAUUUAACAGAUUCUCUAUCCCUAAACCUUAAGCCUUCUAAAAGUCUAGUUUAGGUAUAGAGAAUCUGUUAAAGCAUUUCCCAACAAUGUUUACAAUUGCACUUGUCAAAAUCCCCAAAAUGUUUGUCAAUUGUAAACAAUGUUCCUGCUAAGUGAUGUUUUUAAUUUGCAAAAGGUUACUUUUUUAUUUUAUCAAACUCAUUUGGUAAAUCUAAAACAACUAUCACUGUCAGGGUCGGUGAACAGUGCUAGAUACAUGCCUCGACGCUUUACGUCUCAGUAUAUAUACCCACCACUGUUCACCUCCCCUUCAGGGGAUAGUUGCAUACUAUUGACGUAUCGACUAACUUUAAGAUGAUCGAUUUCUGUCGACAUGUAACGUCCUGGUGAAACACCGUCAUUUACAUGUGAAGAGUGGACCUUCCAAUUUUUAUCUGCAACCCCCCUUCCUAAGGAUGACUGGUUUUCAAACGGGGGUCCGGAUUUUUUCUUCAAAGAAGCCAACAAAAUUUGGAACCUUUGGACAAAUUUCUCAAAGGUGCAGACAAAAAGUGAACUUUGAGAGUUCAGAUUCCUAUCAUCUUUAAAGGGGGGGUGGGGGUUGGUUGUUGGUUUAAAAAUGGAACGUCUGAGCAGCGUUUGGCUCAGUUACGCACCUUUUAUCGGUAAUCCUGUAGACAACCCUGGGCAAGGGAGCUGAUGUUGUAAAGGACCCUGUCAAAGUUAUAAAUUACUGCCUCCUUAAUCUUUUUACCAGGGACUGUGUCCCCCAAACAACAGAGAUGCUUCUCAACCUUCCCUGCUGCUAGGGAUGUUUCGCAUCUCUUGUAAAACAUUCCUGACAGCAGGGAGCAUUAACAAAGGCUGGAUUCACAGGCUAUCCUCCUCAAAGAGGGGUACAACAUGAAAUCAGAGAGAGAGAGAGUACAAAAAUAAUAAAAGAGUACAGAAUAAGUAAGAUUACCCAGCUCAUGGGGAUCAACCAGCCAAGGAUUUAUUUUUAAAAAUUUUUUUUCUAGAAAGUUAACAAUCUUAUGCUUAGUGGGAACACAGACCAAACAAAGUUAAGAACCAAACAAAGUUAAGAAACUUUUAGACCUACAAAUACAGAUACCUCUCAAUGCUCCCAGCUACUACAGACAUUUCACUUCUCUCACAAAGGUUACUAACUUACAAUAUUUAUUAUAUACUUUGUAGUACAGUGGAAUGGCAUUAUAAUGAAGGGCCAUUAAUAGUGACUGGAAAAAUACAUGUUUUUACUAUUUAGGCUCCAUGGCAACAAAAAAAUUGUAUGUUGAAACUUAAUGUGGAAAACAGUCGCCAAGUUGAUGACCCCAGAGCACACUCUGUAAUUCCAAAAGGUUGUUGAAAACAAGUUAGCAAAGUAUAUACUCAUACAGUGCAAUGGUUGUUUCAUGUAGGGUGGUUUUUGUAUGCACUGACCCUUUAGGCCUCAGUAUAUCCACAUCCAAAUUCUCCAGACAGAUUUCUAUUCAUUUUCUUAAAGAACUUGUUAUGUCAGGAGAGAAUUAAUGUUAGUCACUCUUGGGAGCAAGAGUGGUACAUGUACCUUACUUUUACAGUAUGCCCAGGGCUUCCUGUGAGUUGGUUCAUAGGUCUUAACAUCAAAAGUAAAAACUGAACCAUAGAAUUGAGGCUGGUUGAUCUUUUACUCCUCAGCUUACUGGUAUUCUUUGAACUUGAUUUUUGGGGUUUGCUCACCUUUUUCGCUCUGCAUGCUCAACUCCUGCCUAUUUACUUGUAAGAAAGUUUAUGUAUGUACCAGCUGCCUUGUUUCUUCUGAUUCAAUACCUCGUAAACGUAAUUUUAGUGGAUGAUGUGUGCUGACAGUUUCAAAAAAUUUAGGUCCCCAAAUCCUAGUUGGGUCAAGUCUUGGAGGUUGGGUCAUGCUUCGUGUUGCUAUUGAGAGACCUGACCAAAUCAAAGGACUUGUUGGAAUAGCUAGUGCUGUGGACUUUUUGUCCCGUCGUUAUGACAACCUUCCUAGUGAAAUCAAAGCAGAAGUGGAGUCUACAGGAAAAUGGAUCAUACCUUCAGAGUACAGCCCCAAAGAGCCGUAUGUGUUAGAUUUGAAAGUGAUCAAAGAGGCCAGGGAACAUGUGCUAAAGGAAAAUGAGGUGUACCCUAUUCACUGUCCUGUCCGUCUGAUCCACGGAAUGAAAGAUAAGGACGUACCAUAUCAGGUGUCCCUUGAUAUUGUUGAGCAACGUGCAAGUAAUGAUGUUCUUGUGACAUUAAUUAAAGAUGGAGGUCAUAGACUUUCUGACCCAGGUAAUCUACAGUUUUUAAUGAGGACAUUAGGACAACUGAUUGAACAAGUUCAAUAA